AUGUUGUAUGUAUUUCAUGUUGAUACUGGUGCUACGUUGACCUUUGACAUCAAAUUAGCACUUCAAACGGUUGGCGAGCUGAAGGAAGCAAUUGAACGAGAAUGUGGGGUUUUAGCAGUACACCAAGUGCUACUGAUGAGCGGUGGCGAGAAUGUCGACUUAGUAGAGCAAAUAACAGCCUCGCUAGCAAUGCCAGCAACCUACGCAACUCUAGUAGCCCGGGCCCAACUGGCCCAACAAUGCUGCGCAAUAGCCAGGGACCAGACACGAACAUGCGAGCGAUUGGUCCACGACCAACAUCUCCAACAGCAGGGCUGGGCGGCAGUGGUAGCAAAUUUGGAAGACAUAACGCAGAUGUUCAAAUCAAAGGCGGAUUUGUUGCAGCAAUCUUUCACUCAAUACCUGGCGGAGCGACAGCAGCAUAUGCAGCUGUUAAAUAAUUUCAACAAGGACCUGGACACGCUUUCGAAAAUUCCGAUUCUGCCGGCUCUGAGGGCGCAAGCUGAAGGAUUAUUAAGCGUUGACGACGGAGAUGAAAUCAUCGAGUCUAAUAAUUGCGAAGUCAUGAGUCUCCUCCGUUGGAUCUCCGCUAAAGACAACCAGAGCAGCUUGGAACAGGUCGCGGAACAAUGUUCCCGCGGAUUGGAACAGUUCGACGAACGGAUGAUGGAGGCGCUCAAGAGCGAAGUUAAUGCUGCCAUUGAUGCGUCUAAUAAGCCUGAAAUGAAGGAAAUAAAGGGUCUGGGGGAAAGGUUGUUUGCUUUAGAGCAGCUGAUGGCUCAGACAAAGCGGCUCGUUCAAGAGCAAGGCGAAUUGGCCCAAGGGUUCCACCAAAAUCAGACUAGGGCCAACAAUUUGGGCGAUGCUAGUGUCUUGCCUGAUUUAUGUGCGAGUCAUCGCAAACAGCUGGCUGUUAUGAUGGAAAAUUAUAGUCAAUUGAGGGAUAUUAGAAGAAGAUGUACUCGAGCUAAAGAGGAGUUAUCAGUAAAUAUAUAUCAACGGCUAAAAUGGAUAAUGUAUGUAGAGAACAAGAUGAUGGAAGUGAACGGAAAACUGGUGAUGUACCACGAAAAUUUAAAGCGAUUACGUCGUCAUUUGGAGGUACUUCUGCAAAUACAUUUGGCACCCCAGAUGUAUGUUAGUGCUGUCAGCGAAGUUGUUAGAAGACGUACGUUUUCGCAAGCAUUUUUGGUGUGGGCGAGUAAUCUCGCUUGUCAAUUAUUAACAGUACACAAUGAGGAAAUUGCUAGACGUAGAGAAUUUCAGAGUAAAUUCGAUGGGCAUUUUUUGAACAGCCUAUUUCCGGGUUUGGAGGAUGUUCCACCUAGUUUUGCUACUCAAGCGCCAACUGUAUUCGAUAAUGGAUUGCCUAAGCUGACUGCGGACGAUAUGGAAUCUCUAAAAAUUCAAUUACCCGAUCUCACGGAUUCCAUUUCAACGCCUGAUUUAAAUAGCAUCACGCAAUUUUUCCUCUCCAAGAGUCUCACGUCGGUAACUAGCAGCGAAGAAAAUAAUAUUAACAAAAUAAUUAAAGAAGACGAUAAUACAGACGAAUUUGAGAAAAUAAGCCAGCAAAAUGUGAGCGAUUCAAAUUCAUCAUCAUCAAAACAACAGCAAGAAAGAGUAAAUACGUACGAGAAAAAAUUAAUGAUGCCGAACAAACAAUUGGAGGUUGGUUGUUCGCAAUCCUCCAUAUCUCCCGCAAUGUCCUUAUCACUGUCAACAAACAUAUCCACAUCAGCAAAUAAAUCAUCGCGUCUAAUCGACUUAAACCAUAUCAAAUCAUCAUCAUCAUCCUCCUCAAGCUCCUCAACUUCAUCAAACUCUCUAGAUCGUAAUAAAAAAUCGGUAGCUCGGUUCCAAACAACUAACAAUUACUCAUCAUCCCAAGAGCUUAAAAAUUCCUCAACACCUCCUUGCCCAAUCCCGACGUCCUCAGUACGUCCAGUGACGUGCGACGGCCAACAACAAUUACUGCAAGUGCAACAGGAUCAGCAGCAAGUCCAGAUAUGUAGACAAAUAGACAGUGGUGGAAGUAGUCCAUUUGCUGAUCCAAGUAUCAAUAAUGAUUUUAUAAAUACGGAAUUCUAUAUCGAUGAAUCCCUGCCCAGCAGCCUGAGUGAGCAUCCAAAUGACGCAGGACAUGCUAUUGUUUCUCUUCUUCAGGAAAAUUUGGGAAACACACGCAGUGAAGUAGAACGUUUACGUACAAUAUUACGUACCCUAAAAUUAGCAAUGAACGAGGCAAUAUCGGCCUUCAAGAGCGAAUUAAAUUUAUUACGUGAAAAAGUAAACACGGAUAAAAACGGAAUAAUUGAUGUAAGCGAGCGAAUGAACGAAGCAUUAAUUCUACACUCACGUGAAUGUGAACGUAUAUUACGUGAACGUGAGCAAGAAUUAACAGUGGAUCAUGAAUUGGAAUUAGCGGACGCUAAAAAAUUGAUCCAAGCCCGCGACGACGAAAUACGUAAUUUGGAGGCGUCUAUUGAAGCGAAAGACACCGAAUUUACUGAGCUGAGGGCCCAGCUGAUGCGUCAAAAAUUGGACAACAGUCAACAGGAAGAAAUGUGCAAUUUGCAAACGCGUUACCAGAGUCAAUUGAACGAGGCGCUCGAGCAGGCCAGGAUGGACAAGGAGAACGCGCUAGCUAGGGCUCGGGAGGCGAGUUUGAUUGAAAAAAACGCUCUUAUGAUCCAGCUUGAAGAGUGUCGUAAGAAUAUUCGCGAGUUGGAGGAUACUUUGGCUAAGACUCGCGCCGAUCAGUCGAAAUUGAUUAAAGAAGCUACUGAUAAAUUGCAAGCUGAGCAUAAAAACGAGUUCGAAACUAUGAAGGGACGGUUUAAAUUGAUGACUGCGUCUUCUGUUAUGGAACGCAGUCCUAGUGACUCAAGUCUUGAGAAAAUCGAGACGAGAGAAAACCUCGAGUCGGAAAAAGCAGAAGCAGUGCGCCAAGCUCUAGUGAAAGAGUCUUCAGACUUCGAAGCGAAGCUGCAGUACGCCUUAGCAUUGUCUACCAAGAAGCUGACCUCAGAAUUGGAGUCUCAGCGCCUCCGCGAGACAGUUUUGGUGGAUCAGUGCCGCCAGUACCAGGAGAUGAUCAGACGUUUGACAGAAGAAGACCACUCAGCGCACCAGGUGCUCAAGGAGAAGGUGUCCACCUUAGAAGCCGAGAAUUUUCACCUGGAGAGCAAGAUGUCGGCUGAUAGGAAGAUGCUGAAGCAAAGAGAGGCUCAGCUUCAUGACCUGGAGACCCAAUUGUCCACCAGCAAGGACGACAUUGACGUCUCCGAGUCUAAGAAGGUCCGGUUGGAGUCAAAAAGCGAGCAAGAGUCGCUGAAUCUCAGGCUGGAAGCUAAGAGCGAGACUGAUUCGCUGACCCGGCGCCUGGAGAUCCUCGAGGUGGACAACAAGCGGCUCAGUGCGGAGUUAAAAGCUUCCAGGGAGAGCAGGGACUCGAUUGAGACCCGCGUGGAGGCUCUGGAGGCAGACAAAGUUCGUCUGGAGAUCGAGUUAGUAAAAGAACGCGCUCUCAGAGGAUUCGCUGGAAGAAGUCUUGGAUCUGUUAGUGACAGCGGUAUGGCCUCUUCUAUCGAGUCCAGGGACAAGGACAUGAUUGCUUCGGUCGCGGUUGUUGAGGCUCAUGAAGAACUGGCCGCUUCUAAAGGAAUCUUUCGCGAGAAAUUGAUAAAGAGCACCAACAGCUUGCUCAGCCAGUUUUCCAUCAGCUUGCACACUUGCAACACUGGCGACUGCGUGGUCGUUCUUUGGGACUCGGUUCAUACUAGCUACAUUGUUCUUCAAGAGUCUACUACUAUGUAUUUCCUCCACUCGGACUGUGUUGAUCUCCUUGGGUUGAAGACUGGCUCCGAUGGUAUUCCCAAGCAGAUUUAUGUCAUUGGGGAGGUCAUUGAUAAACAGUAUUGUCACGCCAAAAAGAAGGAGAAUCGUUACCACGUGCCUCAAGGUACGAAAUUUUACCGUGUAAGAGUGAAACCGCUGCAACGAGAUUGCACCCUGAUAGCUUCGUCGUCCGAAAAAAAUCAGCAGUAA